UCAGCAUGGAGAUGAGGUUUCUCCAGCAGCCAGUGACCUGGCCAUGGUUCUGACCAGAGGACUGAGUAUGGAGCAGCAGAAGAGCAACAGGGACUCUCUGCAGUACUCCAGUGGCUACAGCACAGAGACUACAACACCAUCCUGCUCUGAGGACACAAUCCCCUCCCAAGGUUCUGAUUAUGACUGCUACUCAGUGAAUGGUGAUGCUGAAGGUGCAGAUGGCCAGACAGAGUUUGACAAGUCCUCCACAAUUCCUCGCCACUCUAACAUCGCUCAGAACUACCGGCGCAUGAUCCAGACCAAGAGACCAGCGAGCACAGCCGGACUACCCAGUGGGGUUCUAGGUCCUGGGGGUCAUCUUAUAUCCGGGGGAGGUGGUUCAGGUACUCCAGGCACUGCCACCAUCCGCCGAACCCCGUCUACGAAACCGGGCGUGAGGCGCACACUGUCCAGCGCGGGGCCUAUUCCAAUCCGACCACCCAUUGUGCCUGUCAAGACACCAACUGUUCCAGGAGACUCACAUUCACCUGGGGCAAGUGGUGGGUACGCAGGUGGAGCCCACUCAGGUGGGGUGCCUGUACGUGUGGGUAGUGAGGAGUGUGUCUUCUUUACUGGAGUUGAGGAUGCACAGGGAGCGCUUGAUUAUGUGAAGGCAUCACCGAAGCGCCUCAGUCUGCCUAAUACCGCCUGGGGAUCAGGGGCGGCAUUAGAGAUCUACACCCAGCAGCAUGGAGGCCUUGCCAUGGGAACAGGCUCAGGGGCCGGGUCAGAGGAGGAUCAGAUGAUCGCGGCCAAUCGGCACAGCCUAGUGGAAAAGAUCGGCGAGUUAGUUGCCAGUGCACACGCCCUUGGAGAAGGGCAGUUUCCUUUCCCCGCCCUCCCUGAUGACCCGGCCCUGCAGCCAACCGGCCCCACUGAUAGUGAGAUAGAGAGGGCAGAAGGGUCCGGCGACAUGUUGACCACCAUCAGGAGAGGGGUCCGUCUCCGCAAGACCGUAUCCAAUGACCGCUCAGCACCACGUAUCUUGUGAUUCGAGAAGAAGCAGGAAUAAGAUGAUACUUGUCAGCCAAUAGGGAGUCAGGUGUUGGUGUGGUGCAACCCAACAGCCUAGUACAUACACAAACACUUAACUAUGUAGGGAAAGCUAUAAUAUAACAGAUGAUAAAUAAAAACAUACACAAAAAAAGUUUAAUGACACCAUUAGAGUAAAUGAUAUAUAAUAUAAUGAUAAUAAUAACAUUAAUGAUGUUAACUCAUGGUGACAAAUUAAAGUGAAAUACUGAAUAUUGACAGGCUCCUAGCAGGCCACUAUAACUAGUGUAUGUUGGAUGCAUGUUUGUCUUCUUUACACCUUCACCCAGGGACGAAAAACAGAUACGUGAAAAAAAAGGCAAAGAAAGAGAGAAAGACUGGGUUCUGUUUGUCAAUUACACCUUUCCCCAUCCUCUUCUCCAACUAACCCGACUGUCUACUCCUAGAUGAAAGACUAAUGACUGAUGGAGGUCCCUGUGGGGGGUGAUUAAGAGGGGGGGUCAGAGUGCCAUGUGACUCAGCAGCGACAUACUGUAUUUAUUAGCCCACUGAACUUUAGCUUUGGUAUUAGCACGGGGAGCUAACAGGCCAGAGGUCCCCUCUGGUUCAUCCUAAUGUAAAAGAGUGUUUAAAAAAUACUGUUGGCAUUGAACCGUGCUAGUUGCCCCUUCCCCUCUCUUGUGUGUGUGGUGCAUUCAUGUGUAUGCAUGUGGGCAAAGGCGAGUGUGUGAGCACGUGAUUGAUUGUUUGUGUGUGCGCGAGGGGGGUGGGUAGAGCUCUGCUGCAGGACAGCUGGUUACCCAAUGAGGGCAGGGCUUUUCUCCUGUGUGUUGUACCUGUAUUUUCUUGUUUAUAUCGUGACGUCAUUUACCUUGUUACAACUGUACGAGAAGUAAUCCAGGCGUAUAGAUAUAUUCAUAUAUAUUUUCUAGAACCAGAGAGAAAAUGUUAAAUCAGAAAUGGAGCAAUAAAUGUGUUUUAUUUUCUUGUUUCUAAGAAGAGGAUAAAUGGAGGACUGUGGGUUCUCCUUUAUCACAUUCAGGCAAUCAUCAGGAAUGCUAAAUUAUAUGUUGACUGUGAAUUCAUGCCUCACCACUUUGGUGUGUCUCUCUCUCUGUUGCUUUUUCUUUCUAGUGGAGGAAAUGGAUUUCAUAAAUGUUGAAAAACGCUCAAACUGUAAAGCACUUUGAAAGGUAGAGUAUGUACAAUAGCUGCUAGAUGUUGCUGUAGUCAUACCUUAUGCAAGGGAGAGAAAAAGUGAAAGAGAUGGUUGCCAAUAAUAGGGAGGGAUAUUAUUUAAUGUGUUAUAGAAGACAGGGAGGGACAAAGAGGAAGUGAUAAUGACCGGUGGAAUUGAAGUAAUUGGUGGAAGAAGGGCAGGGAUGAGAAAGUUGGGCACAAAUAUUUAUCUAAAAUAUUGAUUGAACGUCAGAGCUCUUCAGGGUUCUACAAGCCAUUGUGCUUCUGUGGAUGGUGAAUUAAGUGGUUGCACUCAACACAUAUUGCAAAAUAUACACAGCACAGAUAGUUGAGAGUACUUUGGGAUAUAGGCUUUAGAAGGUCACUCGACCCGAAUGACAAAAAUAGUCAGCCCAUAAAAUUUAUUAUGGAAAUUUCUAAUGUCCAAAGUAAGGUAAAUUACAAAAUAGCAUUCACUCAAGUUCAUGUGCAAAUAGAUAUCAGUACAUUGGCUUAUCCGCAAAUGUAUUCUUACCUGUAAAUACUGUAUAUCUUUGCAUUAUGAAAAAGCUGAGCAGCAGCCUUUUGCCCAAGAUUGGCUCCUCAAGUUUUAUUUAUAAGGACACCAUACAACAAAUGUAAUAUAUCAUACAGAGGAUUAUAUUAGCAAUAAUGUUACCAUAGGAGACAACAAAUGACUUUGAGGGACAGCACGCACAGUUAGUUGCACAGUGUUGGGCAGUGGUUAGCUGAAAGCUAGCAGUUAGCAGCUCUGGCUUUGGCCAGGCCUUUAGUUGAAGAUAGGCUUUAUCUUUAGGUAAACAGAAUUUAAAACUCAGUGCUUUUGAUGAUCGGUAAUGUGUAGUUGAACAAAAAUAAAACUUGCCCAACACUGUUUAUUUAAUUGAGGGAUUUACCCUGUUUGUGUAUGUAAUGCUAAGCUAAACGUUAACAUUUAGAUUAGCAUGUUUUCAGUCACAAACAGUACAUACAGUUCCACUAAUUAUGUCCUUUAACUGAACCUGUGUCUCAAUUUGGAUACUUCCAUUAGUGCCAUGUAUUUGUGUAGUGCUUGAAUUUCAACAGUGUUGUGUUGCUUCAAAGCUAACAGCUGUUGUGAAGUAACCUAAAUUGACUCACAUUUGAACAUCCCUUUUUAUUUAUUUUUAUUUUAAUCGUAUAUUGCAACAGGAAAUAUAUCUAGCCACCAUAUUGGCAAGUCUGGUGGUAACUGCCCUUUGACUAGAUAGCCAAAAUAGCGACCAGUGCUCCUAGUACCAGACUCCUGCUACUUGGAUGGGUUAAAUGCAGAGAACACAUUUCACUGUGUGUGCUGUAUGCUCUGCAUGUGUGACCAUUUAAGAGUGUUUCAUCCCUCCAAUUCUAUUAUAUUCUAUUAUUGAGGGUAAGAAUUAUCCAGUGUUCCACACGUCACUUUUUGACAGUUAUAAGUACAACAACCAGGCAUUCAUAGUGCACUUCUGCCACACUUUCAAAAUAUGGAAGUCCACAAAUUGAGACACAGCACAAGUGUUUCUAUUCCAGUUUAGCUUAGCUUAGUGCUAAUAACCCAGUUCAGCUCAGGACACGACUGCAUGAAAGGAUUAUUUAUGGACGAUGUGGUGAAGAAAAAGGUGAAGCCUGUUUGAUACGCUCUCUGAUGACAAAUAAGCGGGAGUGUUAAAUUAGACUUUAGAAACUGACGGAGAGAGGACGAGAGCAAUGAGCAUUUCACUGCCUGUUCAUACAAUGUGUUGUACUUGUAAAUGAGAAUCAGGUGCGCAUAUUUGGCAUUAAUGGUUUGUUAAACACAAAUGUACAUUGAAUUUUCAGUUCCAGUAUAUUAUUCUUUUUUCAUUUUGCAGUAUUGUUUGAAUAUUUUGUCUUAAUUUUAUUUUAUGUAAAAGAAUAAGAAAUCACUCCACAUCUAACACAAACUAUUAAGCUGUGUCAUAUGUGGAUGUAGGAUGGGUGGGCCGAGUGUGAGUGUGUCCUUGUUUGGUCGGUGAACUCUUUACAUCUGUACGCUCUUCUAACAGAAGGCAUCAGCACUCUUACAGUAAAUGCCCUAUUUUUAACUUAUUUCUUAACUGUUUUAAAUAUAGUUGUGGCCCUUAAAAAUAAUAUAAUGAUGAUUCAAUUUAAAGAGUGAGAGAGGAUAAUGUUUGAAAUUUGUAAACACAAUGUGUGUGUGUUGUCACAUGUGGACGAUGUGUGUUGUAUCAGCUGGGUGAGAGGGUAGAAGGGGAGAGGACCUCCCUCUUGAAAAAGAGAAAUUGUUCUUCUGUAAGACCACCAAUGGAAGUCAAAGUGCACAUGAAUAUAGGUAUGGAUACUGAAUGUACUGCAAUGUAUAGGGGGGACAUUUAACUGUUUGUGUUUGACUUGCUUGAACGAUUGCAAUGUCAUGACUUUGUUCUUGUACAACUGAAUGAAGUUUAAACAGUAGGAAAGCAAUACAGAGGUGGUGUGCAUGUGCAUACAUUCAAGUGUGGGUAUGUUAAAGGAAAAUAGCUCUGUUUUGUUUUGGUUCACCAUCUUGAAGAUUAAAGCUAUAUCACAUUGUCAUCUCUGAAUGGGAUGAUAUAGAGUUACCCUUCACUAUAUUUCCAAGGACACUGUUAGAGCCAAUUCCAAGAGUCUGAAUGCGUAUGUGCUGUAUGUUUAUUAAUUCUAGUGCACAUUGAAUUCAGUGCCAGUUAUCUAUAUUAGUCAUUGCUUCAUUAAAGCGUUUAUAAUUCCCUGCAAAACAGACAUGCUGCUUUAUUCCAAAUGAUGGAUUACAACUCAGGAUAAGAGCAGGAUUUCACAUUGAGUCAGAUGAGAAAAAGUCAGAUCAUAUUGAACACACUGGCCUUUGAUGAGUGUGAGAUGAGUGUACAACACUGCUAUUUUCCUUUAAAAUGCAAAAUUAACAGCACAAAAAGUUAUCUAAACUAAAAAAAUGUCUUUUUUUAACAUGCUGAAUUAACUGUGUACUGAACUAACUGUCUGAUCAAGCUGAAACUACUACUCUGCUACACAUAUCAUUAUGCCCAUUUUUACGAGUAUGUGUUUGUGGGUAGAAAUAGGUCUACUGGCUACAAUGAAACAGACAUACAUAAAAACAUAUCGGCAGAUUUACAUGCGUGCAGGAAUGCUUGCGUACAACACAAACAAACACGUCAUAGGAUAUACACAAACUACACAAACUAGGCUUGUGUAUACACAAGUUACACAGGCCUAACUGCUGUACAUCAUGUUCAAAAGGAACUAGCACUGUAAAAAUACAUUUAUUUACAUUUCAUAACUUUUAAAUCAGUUAAAAAGUUGAAAAUAUCCCAUCUCGACAUUCAGUGAUAUUGCAGCAUUGUAAAUUCUUAUCUUGACAACAUCUAGAUAAGUACACACAUGAAACAUGAUAGUUACAUGCCAUGUGCACACUUGAAUAAAAUGUCUUCAGAAAAUACUGUGUUUCUGAACAGACUGUAGUGCUGUUGAGUUAUUAUGCAAGUACCUACGACUACAACUGUCAAACUGAUAAAGGAAUAGUUUGAGCUACCUACAACGGCAUGGUUAGCUUAGCCUUCGAUCAAUAAGUAAGCACAGUUAGCCUGUUUAGCCCAAUGAUUACUAAUACAUCAACCAGGAUCUAAAGUGAACUAAUUAACAUGCUAUGUGUUGUUUGCUGAAUCCACACGGAAAAACAAUUAUAUUCAACUCAUUUUUUGGCCAAGUGCCAAAAAAUACCCAGUUGAAAACCAGUUACUCCAAAGGAAUACUUCUAAAACAAAAUGAGAAUUUGUGACAAUUUGUAACCCAAUGUUACUAUUGAGUUUUGAGAAAAAUGCCUGCCUUUACGUUCUUAAACUAAAAGGCUUGGAUAAUACUGCAAGAGUUUUUAUAGUGAUAUAUUUUUGCUUUUGUUAAAAGCUGCCCCCAUUUACUUAAAUUCGUUUUUUGAUUUUCCAUUCACAUGGUGACAUGUGAGAAGUUUUCUUUAAGAACUCAAAGUAACACAUGGUUUUUAAUUUGUAUACAAGUUGUAAUUGUUGGCGUUUAUUACUCUUCAUAUGAUUAGUAUAUUGCCAUUGUAGGAACACAGUAGGGUUAAAAACUCAGCAGCACCAUUGUCUGAAAGCCUGGAGGUGUACAGAAUCUACUAAUUACUAUCAAAUUAGUUUGAACACUCACGUUAUGUACGGAGACCGUUUUCACACUCAUGUAUCCCUCUUUCUCUUUUCCUCUCUAUUAUCUUCCUCUUUUCUUACCUCCAUCCACUGGCACAGUAAUCCCAGGGAUGCCGUCUGACUGAUAGGUUAGAAAACAACAUUUGUUGAGUCCCAUCAGCGGCUGUACUCUUUGUCCCUCGCAGCCCAUCAAAGCUAAUGAAACAUAAUUCUGAUGAAGUCUUUAUUCACACCACAGCCAACAUGAGCUCAGUUUCUCUCUCUGUUAUAUCCCAUUCACUCUGGUCCUUCCUCUUUCUCCAUGUCUGUGUGUUUGUAGGUUGGUAAGUAUGUGUGCUACAGUUCAAAUGUGGAUGUAUGUGGCUAACUGGUGGUUUCUGCGUGUGCUGUGUUAAGAGCCAGAAGCAUUAGCUAGGGUAAACUACCCCGCUGUACAGGACUAGCUUCAAGGCACUCAGCUGACACUCAAUCAUAGCACUAGAUUACAUUUUAAUUAAUUUUUGUCUUUUAAGACAUCUUGUUGGGACCAUAUCACAGGCAGCUUAUAUUACUUUGAUGGUUUAUUGGUGAGCUUCUGUCUCUAAAACCUACAAGACGCAAGGGGGAGCAGUAUAAUAACAUGCAGUAGGAAUUUUUACCCACAUCGCCAAAAUAAAUCGUUUGCAGCACAAGUACAGUAUAUUAGUAUUUGUGUUAAAUAGGGCUAAAAAUCAAACCAAAAUGGACACAAGUGACAAUUACAGCAUAAUGUUAAAAUGUCACGGAACAGUAGCACAUGAAAGGGAGGAUUCUAAAGUCUUAAUUCAAAACCAAACAUCACCAAAUCAAGUAAAUGUUAAAAAAUAAGAGGGUUUUUAAAAAGCAUUGGUUUUUCAACUUGUCCAUCCACAACUUAGUUACCCUGGUUACUUACUAGGACAUUGGCAGAUUUCCAUUGUGGACAUUUUCUUGCAGCGGGAACACAUGCAAAUCUAUGUGGAAAUUUAGCUGAGAACGGACUUAUUUUGCGGUCUGAAAUGCAACUUUGAAAUCCUUCAAGAAAACACAGGAAACAUACUGUCUGUCAAACAUUCUUAAAAACAAAAACACAUUUUUUAAGGCUCCUUAUGGCUGAUUCAAAUAGGAAUGACCUUGUGGUGACCAUUAAAAGGACAGAUUGAGCUGCAUUUAUAAUGAGAAGUAUUGCACAUAGGCAAAUCCCUAGUGUAUGGAACUGAGCUAGGGUUAGGGUUAGGCUUAAGCAAAAGACAAAACAUAUAAAGUGUUCUUACUCUAAGUAGGUAUUUAAAUACUAAUAUCAGUCUUAAUUUAAAUUAUACCUUACCGAAUACAUUUAAAAUUCUUUAGAAGGUACCAACAUAUGGGGUAUUUAAAAGGGUCCUUAGGCUCAAAUGCUGCAUUACAACACACUCCCAAAGCCAUCUGCCCAGGUUAUACUGAAUGUGUAUGUGAGUGUGCAUGAAUGUGUGUUGCACUAGGACACUUGGUUAAGACCCCUACUGUUCCUCCCUCCCACCUCCCACGCACAAUCUGCCAAUCGUCUUUGCUGUCUAUAACUGAAGAAACCCAACACACACAUACACCAACAAGCACACACACAGUUGUCUGAAGCAUACGUGACUAAGGUAGAUUCUUGGAAGCUCCGUUUUGGUCUUCUGAGGGAUCAUGAUGAAACACGUUGUAACUUCCUGUCAUAUAGCCAUGCAGAACAGAGGGGCCACAGUGGCCCCCGGUGCCACAGUGACUGAACUUAAUGUCUCUGUCAGUUCUCCAGUUCUCAGUAGUGUCUCUCGCUUGCUCUCUCUCCCUUCUUCCUCUAUAGCCUCCAAAUGAAAUCUCUCCACAACUCACCUUUGAGACAUUGAUAUCAUUUUCUAUGGGGCUAUUUUGUUCCAAGGAUACCAAUUUGGCCCAGUCAACAUCUGCUUUAUGUUUCUGUACAAACCAAUCUUUUGCUCCUCUCUUCACCCCCGCCCCCCUCGUAGACCUGCAGGCACCGUGGUCUUUGUCUUUCUCUCUUCUUUCUGUCCCCUCUUCUUCUUUAAUUUAUUGUGAAUCGAUUUCUAAGGUUGUUUCGCCUCUGUCGCUGAUGAUAAGGUUUUCUUUUUCUGUCUUCCACUGUAAAAUUGACCUUUUUUUGUUAACUUUAGUCACUGCUAAUGUAACAAAACGCACUGUGAUGAUUCCAGUAUUAAUAAAAGUUGUACUUAAACUGUG